AUGGAUAUUGUCGAACAUCCGCUCCCAGAUGACAAGUCUAUUAGGGCAUCACACCUGUGGCACAACGACUUACACGCAGAGAACAUCUUCGUUAACCCGGAGAAUCCAUCUGAGAUCUGUGGAAUUAUCGACUGGCAGACGACUGAACUUGCGCCGUUGUAUGAUCACACAAUUGAACCUUACUUCCUUGAGUAUCAAGGACCACGUAUGGCCGGAGACCUCCUCCAACGUCCAGAUCUCAAGGAGAUUCAAAAGCUCUUUGAUCAUGAUAAUGAUCUUACAGCUAUGGAGAAAAAACGAAAAGCAGACAAUCUGUUUUGGAAAAUGGCACUGGUUUCCCUCUGGAGACAUACUCUGCACAUGGGAAUCGAGCCACUCUUCCGUGCUCUUGAGUUCCGCGAAACAGUGAGGUUUACUCUUCUGAUCUUUGCCCGCAACCUCUUCCUUGACGGGGAAGCGGCAUACCUUGCUAUUUUGGCAGACCAGUACCGCAAGGGCUGGGAAGAUGUCCCAGGCAUACGGGACAAUAUGAAGAAGGGCUUCCCUGACUGUGAAGGAGCUACCAAUGGUAUUAAUAUCAUGGGAGAUGUCAAGGAGGCUGUUGGGUCGCAUUUCUUCCGAGUCGAUGGCACCGUUGACCACGAGGAGUAUGACGAAGUGAAGGAGCUCAUUCGAUUGACUAAGGAGGACUUCAUGUCGAAGUAUCCUGAAAAUGAAGGGCAACGCAAAGAAUGGGAAGCUGCAUGGCCAUUGGAUGAUUGA